AAAACCGGGUCCUAUGUUUUCAAUUUUAAUUGAGAAUAGGGUGAGAGUGGGAAACGCGUGUUGUGGCUGAGCGUCAUGGCUACUGCUGCGAUGCAUAUCAGGAGUUUCCCGGUCUCUCUGAAACCCUCGCCUCCCAGACGCAUUCUCUGUGUUUCAUCGCUAAAAGAUUCCGAAGCCUCUCCUCCAUCAGUUGGCCGAAGAGAGAUUAUCCUGAGGAGCAGCGAAUUGGCAGUAAUCGCCGCCAUUUUCCAUUUCAGUGGGAGUAAACCUAGCUAUCUCGGAGUUCAAAAGAGUUCUCCAUCUUUAGCAUUGUGUCCUGCAACAAACAACUGUUUAACCACAACAGAGGAGCUCAAUGAUCCCUCUCACUACGCCCCACCAUGGAAUUACAGCCCAGAAAAUGGUCGCGGUAGAAAGAAACCUGCAAGCAGAGAAGAAGCAAUGGGCGAGCUUCUUCAAGUGAUUGAAUCGACAAAGCCGGACAAUUUUACCCCUCGCAUAGUUGAGAAGAAAGAUGAUUAUGUACGUGUGGAAUAUGAGAGUCCUAUAAUGGGGUUUGUGGAUGAUGUGGAAUUCUGGUUUCCUCCUGGUAAGAAGUCAAUUGUGGAGUAUCGAUCUGCUUCUCGCCUAGGAAAUUUUGAUUUUGGCAUCAAUCGCAAGAGAAUCAAGAUUCUUCGGCUAGAAUUGGAAAAGAAGGGCUGGGCUUCAGAGGGCUUUUGAGAUCAGCAGGCAUUCUUUGUUCUGCUGGAGGCAAUUAAAAACCAGGGGAGAAGUGAAUACAUUCCCACUGACCAGUUCAAACUCGUCUACAUUUAUCCACCCAAAUAAGCGGCAAAAUGGGUCAGGUCAAUCUGGCAACCUCCCAUGUCAACCUGACCUGGGUCCUUAACUGGACCCAGCUGGUUGGGUCCAGUUCCAAUAGACUUGGACUCGACUGGUUUGGGGCAAUCCAACCCGCGACAAACAGAUGCACAUGCAUAUGACCCGGGCCCUACCUGUUUUCUUCCCUAAAACCAAAGACAAAAAAUAGUGAAGUAUGCAGAAAAGACAUCGUCAAGAAUGGACUCCCCAUGCUGAGUAUUUGUGGGCAAUUGAGUGAUUGGAUGGUUGGAGAAGAGGCAAACGCAAGGUUAGGAGACUAGUCUUAAAGCAAGUUUCAGCCUUCUUGAGAGAUGACUACUGAUUCUGAUGCUUGAAACUUUUGCUUGCAUGUUAGUACAUGCUAUUUUAUGUCAGUAGUUAGGAUUGCCUGCAUAUGGAGGCUAAUUAUUUUUUCUACAAGGCUUGUUGGGCUUGUUACAUAUGUUUGCAAGCAACGCAUUACAUGACCUCAUGACCUCAAGCAAGGAGAGUGCAUCUCUCUCUUCCCAUAUACCCACACCCUACUUGGGUGCAAAAGCUAUUCUGGGCUGUCUUUGCUGAGAUUGACCAUUAUUUUACUUCUUGUAGGGUUUUUCACCUCAGAACAACACUUUUGGGUAGAUUUUUUAGGUGCAUCUUAUUUAGGUACAGUCUAAGUUUGACAUCUUAUAUAAUUUUUUCGCUUAGGGAUCUUUUGGGACUGUUUUCUAGCAGUAUGACAGUUAAUAUAUCAUUGGAUAUGGCAGGGAAUAUAAUCUCUGUUGUAUAUUUUUUUAAAAAAAUUGUAUGCAUGCAAAAGCAUUGUAUUCUUUCU